UUGAACUCCUGCACAUUCAGUACGAUUUGUAGUUUUUAACGGGUGCUCUGAUUGAAACUGAGCAUUGCUUGUAUCACGUACCGUACUUCUGUUCAGCAGACAUCAAAAUGGUUGUACACACAUCCAAGGUGGAAAUUUUGGGGCUUCUUAUGUUUGUGACCAUCGCAACGCUUACACUGCCCGCAUUAGUUGCCCCGUAUUGCGAUCUAAAGGCGCAGAGCGGUUGCGACCUGGUGUCAGGUUUGAGUUGCAAUUGCUGCCUUAACGAAGCGCUGUUGUUCGACUGUCUCGAUCGAAUGGAAACGCGUCGGUCUGAGACCACCAAGCCCCCCACCACCACCACCACUACACCGGUGCCGCCACCCACUACCAUCGUUGCCCCGACGAGCACGCUAACGCUGCGUGGGACCGAUACGUCGUGGGACUAUAAUAUGCGACACUGCUAUACUGAUUAUAACCGACCGCCGCGGGUGUGUGAACCGGAAACCGGUGCCAAUUGUCUCUGCUGUCACGAUCCUAAAGAACACAAACAGUGCGAGAGGAAAAUGAAUUCCUCUAAUAACCCUGUGUUGUGGCAGUAGCCCUGUGUUGUGGCAUAAUCUAAUAAUCUAAUAACCCUGUGUUGUGGCAUACUCCGUAGUUUGUAGCAGUACUGCAGUAGCAUUUGCACCAAUAAUUGCUUUCAUUCGUGUGACUCAU